AUGUACCAGAGUUUAGCAAUGGCAGCUAACCCCGGCCCUCCAGCGUACGAGGGGGCAGGUGGCUUCAUGCACAGCGCGGCCGCAGCAGCAUCUCCCGUCUAUGUGCCCACCACGAGAGUCACCUCCAUGCUCCCCAGCCUGCCGUACCUCCAGAGCAGCGCCUCUUCCCAGCAAGGCAGUCCCGUCUCCAGCCACUCCAUCUGGACUCAACCCGGAGCCGAAAGCGCCGCUUACAAUCCCGGAUCAUCUCACCCUCCCGUGUCACCUCGGUUCUCCUUCUCCACCAGCACACACAUCCCUGCCACCUCUUCCCGGGAAGCCGCGGCAGCCUACAGCAGCUCCUUGAACCUUUCUACGAACGGGAGGGAGCAGUACAGCAGGGGCUUCGGCAGCUCCUAUUCCAGCCCCUACCCGGCUUAUAUGAGCCCCGAAAUGGCCACCACCUGGACUUCUUCGCCCUUCGACAGCUCCAUGCUGCACAAUCUACAGGGCCGGGGGACGCCCGCAGCCGCCCGCCAUGCCAACAUCGCAGAAUUUUUUGAUGAUUACUCAGAGGGGCGAGAAUGUGUCAACUGCGGGGCCAUGUCCACCCCGCUCUGGAGGAGAGACGGCACAGGGCACUACCUCUGCAACGCCUGUGGGCUCUACCACAAGAUGAACGGCAUCAACCGGCCCUUGUUCAAACCUCAGAGGAGGCUGUCGGCUUCCCGCCGCGUUGGCCUCUCUUGUGCCAACUGCCACACCACAACCACCACACUCUGGCGCAGGAACGCCGAGGGAGAGCCUGUCUGUAACGCCUGCGGGCUCUACAUGAAGCUCCAUGGGGUUCCAAGGCCUUUAGCAAUGAGAAAAGAGGGCAUUCAGACGAGGAAGCGCAAGCCGAAGAACCUUAACAAAACAAAACCACCAGCAGGUCCAUCCAGCAGUGCGAGUCUUACCCCGACCACCAGCUCCACCAGCAGCAGCAGCAGCAGCGCCACGACCACCGAGGAAAUGCGCCCCAUAAAAACAGAACCUGAGCUGUCAUCUCAUUAUGGGCACUCCAGCCCAGUUUCUCAGGCAUUCUCAGUCUCUGCCAUGUCUGGACAUGGAUCAUCUAUUCAUCCUACAAUUUCAGCUCUGAAGCUUUCUCCACAGGCUUAUCAGUCAGCUAUCAGUCAGUCUCCACAAACCAGCUCCAAACAGGACUCCUGGAACAGCCUGGUCUUAGCUGAAAACCAUGGGGACAUCAUAACUGCAUAA